AGGCUUUCAACGCAUGUCGUCAUGCUUCUUUUUUUUGUCAUAGUAUCAGUAAGUCUUGAUGAGUUAUGAAUUUGGAUAUAAAGUAGGAUCACAUAUAGAAUACUCGUCAAUUCCUGAUGUCAACAAUUAGUUCGCAACAUUCAUCCCCCUUCCACAUCUAGAGAAUUUAUUUUCUGUUUAUUUAGUUUCCGCUUUAGGUUGUGGGGAUUGCUCAUUUUGCCAAUUUCAGUUAUCUUCCUCAUAUUCCAUGAACAAUAAUCCUGUUGCUCAACCUCGUGGAUUCAACUUUAAUGUGCAAGCUGUGGAAUAUAUAGGAAGCCCCUGAAUCAGACCAAUAUAAGCAAAUGAAAGGUUACUCUUCAAUGCAUUCUACUCAUGAACAACAAUAUAUUGGUCAGAGCAGUAGGGUUAGUGAGCAGCCUGCUCACGAGUUUCAGUCCUACUUGCAAAAGCCUUGUGGGACUCUGGAUAACCAGUUAUUCUCGGCUGAUGGUAGUCAACAAAUGCAGUUUCCUGGAAAACUAUCUCAGAGCUUUAACACUCCAGAGGGAGCUACAUCAAUCGGUGGUCAUUCUGGUAAUAGUUCAUUUACUGUCAGUUACUCAGCUACUAUUAGUCCCAUUUCACAUGCUGAUCCUCAUACGUAUCCCUCAUUCACAUCAGAUAAUACUAACAAUUUGCAAGUUGGUGAAACUUCUUAUUCGUCUGACUUUGAUACCCUGAAGAAAAAGAUAAAAGAAAUUGAAACUUUGCUGCUGGGACCUGAACCAGAUAUUUCAAUAUCAAAUGAAACUUAUAUGUAUGGUGGACCGAGUGAAAUAUCUUCUACAAAAGAAGUUUCGAAACAGAUGAUAACAGGGGUCUCUGAUGAUGACGACUUGAAAGAGGUUCUUGUCAGUUGUGCAAGAGCGGUAGCAGAUAAUGACCUAUCAAGUGCUGAUUCGUUGAUGUCACGAUUAGGUCCUAUGGUAUCAGUUACUGGUAAUCCAGUCCAACGUUUAGGAGCCUACAUGCUUGAAGGUCUUGUUGCCAGGUUAGGUUCUUCAGCAACUCCCUAUCACAAAUCCAUAAGGUGCAAAGAACCUACCUCUUCUGAACUGCUAUCAUACAUGCACUUGCUGUAUGAAGUCUGCCCAUACUACAAGUUUGGAUAUAUGGCUGCAAACGGAGCAAUUGCAGAAGCCAUGAAAGAUGAGAAUAGUUUUCAUAUAAUCGAUUUCCAGAUCUCCGAGGGAAGUCAGUGGUUCACUUUAAUACAAGCCUUUUCUGCUCGUCCGGGAGGACCUCCCAGAAUUCGGAUCACAGGUGUUGAUGAUACCACGUCGGCUUUCUAUAGGGGAGGAGGACUUGAUAUUGUGGGGGAAAGGCUCUCAAGUCUUGCAGAAUCAUGUAGAGUCCCCUUUAAGUUCAAUGCCACCACUAUCUCAAAUUUUGAUUUAGACUUUAAUACACUUGAAAUUAUACCAGGGGAAGCAUUGGCUGUCAACUUUGCUUACAUGCUUCAUCACAUGCCAGAUGGGAAUGGAGAAAAAAUUUAUCAGCGGGACAAAAUUUUGAGUUCUGUGAAGAACCUGUGCCCUAAGGUUGUGACCCUUAUUGAGCAAGAAGCGAACACCAAUACUUGCUUCAUACCAAGGUUCCUAGAGACCUUUAAAUACUAUAUGGCUGUCUUUGAAUCAAUUGAUGUAAUGCUUCCCAGGGACAAUCAAGAACGGAUUGGUGCCGAAACACACUGUCUUGCUCGGGAUAUUGUCAAUUUAAUAGCUUGUGAGGGGACAGAUAGAGUGGAACGUCACGAGAUACUUGAAAAAUGGAGGUCUCGUUUUGUUGCAGCUGGUUUUAAGCCGUUUCCAUUGAACUCGUAUAUCAAUGCUACUAUCAAGAACCUGCUGAAGAACUACUGUGAACACUAUACGCUUGAAGAGAGAGAAGGGGCUCUUUAUCUUGGCUGGAUGGAGCAAAACUUAGUUGCCACUUGUGCAUGGAGUUGAGCUGAAAUAUUUAUGAUGCAUUUUGUUAGAUAAAGAUGUGUACUAGAUGCAGAUGCAAGUUAUAAACUUACUUAGUUACUUGGUUUCUAAUUUAG